UGCCCUCGGGGGGAUGGAGGCAGCGGGAGGUGAGCGAGGGGCAGGCAGUCCCCGCUCAGCAGGUGGGGGGAACUUGUCCCAGGCAGGAAGAGACCUGGAUUCCGCACCGGCUGGCAAGUUACAGCUGAGAAACGAGCCCUUUGUCCGAGGAGAAUCAGGAAGGGAAAUGGCUGCAGACGGCUCUGUUCAGGCCCUGGUCACGUUUGACGAUGUUGCCAUCUAUUUCUGCAAGGAGGAGUGGGAGGAGCUAGCGGAAUGGCAGAAAGAGCUGUACAGAGAUGUGAUGAGGGACAACUAUGAGACUUUGAUCUCCCUGGUGCCAGGUCAUGCAGCUACGAAACCUGCCCUUAUCUGGCUGAUAGAACGAGGGGAAGAGCCAUGUGCCCAGACUUGCCAGGCCUCGGGGGAAGGAGGCAGUUCUAGGUACAUUUCCUCAGGUUAA